AUGGAGGAGGAGAAACCGAUGACAACCGGCUGGGGAAAAUCAUUGGCUGUUCCUAGUGUGCAGGAGAUUGUUAGGAAGGAUGUUAAGAAUGUUCCUGAAAGAUACAUUCAGAAUGAAGAGGAUAGGCCAAAAGCUUCGGAAAUCUCUCUGUUAUCAUCUGAAAUCCCAAUCAUAAAUCUCUCAUUGCUUGAAAAUGGGGAUGAAGAUGAGCUGAGAAAGCUGGAUUUUGCUUCCAAGGAAUGGGGUUUCUUUCAGGUGAUAGAUCACGGUGUGAGGGACGACGUGCUGCGAAAUAUGAAGGCAGCUGUGGCAUCAUUCUUUGAUCUCCCUGUGGAAGAUAAAAAGAAGUAUGCAAUGGCAGAAAAUGAUUUGCAGGGAUAUGGACAAGGCUAUGUAGUGUCUGACCAGCAAAAACUUGACUGGAAUGACUUGAUGUUCUUGGUGACACUGCCACCAAAAUACAGGAAUAUGAAGUACUGGCCACCCACAUUAGCAGGUUUCAAGGAAGCUGUUGAGGAGUAUGCUAUAGAUAUAGAAAUGGUGACUACAAAGAUCUUAGCCAAUUUGUCACUGUUAAUGGGCAUGGAAAAACACAGCCUAAGAGAGAUGCAUGGAGAGAUGAAACAAGGCAUUAGAAUGAACUACUAUCCACCUUGUGCUAAGUCUGAUCUGGUUCUUGGAGUUAGUCCUCAUUCUGACAGCAGCUCCAUAACUCUACUUCUGCAAGAAGACGAAUUCGCAGGCCUGCAAAUAAGGCACAAACAAUCAUGGGUUCCCGUAAAUCCUAUCCCAAAUGCAAUCGUCGUUAACCUAGGCGACGUUAUGGAAGCUUGGAGUAAUGGGGUAUACAAAAGCAUUGAACACAGAGCUGUUACAAACCAGACAAAGGCUAGAAUCUCUGUUGCAACAUUUGUAAUUCCAGAAGACCAGGUGGAUAUUGAGCCUGUAGAAACAAUGGUCGAUGAUCGCCUUCUUCCAAGAAAGUACAAAAGUGUCAAGUAUGUCGAUUUUCUUAGGUAUUCCCUGGCAAGGAAAAUGGAUGGAAAAUCACACACUGAUUAUCUCAAACUAUAG